GCUAACUGUUAGCCCUCAUCCCCCGACCAUGAGUUCACCAAGCUACUCUCCUCCUGAUGAAGAGGAGGAGGAGGUCUGCUGGACGGAGAAAGAGGGUCUGUGGCUGAACGUUGUCGUGAAAGAGGAGAAUCUAGAGGAGGAUGUUACAGUAACAAAUGUAGAGGAAGAGGAGGUUGUCACAGUAAAACAAGAAGUAGAAGGUGAGGCUGUUACAGUGAAAGAAGAAGAGGAAGACGUUUCAGUGAAAGAAGAAGAGGAAGACCCGAUCAGAGUGAAAGAAGAGGAGGAUGUGACUGUAAAAGAAGAGGAGGUUGCAGUUUUUGGAGUGAAGGAGGAGAAAGAGGGAGAGAUAACUGUCAUAUUGGAAGAGGAGUCAGGAGAUCUGAUUAACACCGGAGAGAGACUGAACUAUCGUGGAUCCUCUGGGGAGCCUCAACAACCUCAUGACGCUGAAGAGGCAGAGACAAGUUUCUCCAGAUCAGAACUCCUCAAGAAACACCAGCAGAGACCACCAGGGAAGAAACCUAACCGCUGCUCUGACUGUGGGAAGAGUUUCACCUCUUCUUCAGAUCUUAAAAUACACCAGAGAAUCCACACAGGAGAGAAACCUUACAGCUGCUCCGACUGUGCAAGGAGUUUUACUACACGUAGCCAGAUGAUAUCUCAUCGGAGAACACACACAGGAGAAAAACCUUUCAGUUGUGAUCGAUGUGGGAAGAGUUUUGCUCAGUCAGGCAACCUGACAAUUCACCAGAGAACACACACGGGUGAGAAACCUUACCACUGCUCUGACUGUGGAAUGAGUUUUACUACCUCAGGUGGACUGAUAUCACACCAGAGAACACAUACAGGAGAUCAGUGUGGGAAGAGUUUUCCCGCCGCAAGGAACCUGAAUCUAGUUCACCAGAGAGAACACACAGCUGAUCUGACUGUACACCAGAGAAGGUACACUGUAGAGAAACCAUACCGUUGCUCAGACUGUGGGAUGAGUUUUACUACAUCAAGCGGACUGAUAUCACACCAGAGAAUCCACACUGGAGAGAAACUAUACCACUGCUCAGAUUGUGGCAUGAGUUUUGCUGGAUUAGACAAACUGACUAUACACCAGAGGUUACACACAGAGAGGACUUUUAGUUGCGAUCAAUGUGGGAAAAGCUUUGCCGCAGCAACAAACCUGACAGUUCACCAGAGAACACACACGGGAGAGAGGCCUUAUAGCUGCGAUGAAUGUGGGAAGAGAUUCACUCAGUCGGCACACCUGACUGUACACCAGAGAACUCACACGGGAGAGCAGCCGUAUAGCUGCGAUCAAUGUGGGAAACAUUUUGCUUUGCCAGGAAACCUGACUGUACACAAGAGAACACACACCGGAGAGAAACCUUACAGCUGUGAUGUAUGUGAGGAUAGUUUCGCCACCUGGACUGCCCUGGCUACACACAAACGAAUCCACACGGGUGAGAAACCGUACCACUGCUCCGACUGUGGAAUGAGCUUUACUUCCUCAAGCGACUUGAGAAGACACCAGAGAAAACACACAGGAGAGAAGCCUUAUAGCUGUGAUCAGUGUGGGAAGAGCUUUAUUCGAUCAGACUCCCUGGCAAAACACAAGAAGAUACAUGCAGGAGAAACACAGAGUGUGGAAUGAUCUCCAACACUAGACCUGGGUAGUAGAACACAGAGUGUGGAAUGAUCUCCAACACCAGACCUGGGUAGUAGAACACAGAGUGUAGAAUGAUCUCCAACACCAGACCUGGGUAGUAGAACAUAGAGUGUAGAAUGAUCUCCAACACUAGACCUAGGUAGUAGAACACAGAGUGUAGAAUGAUCUCCAACACCAGACCUGGGUAGUAGAACACAGAGUGUAGAAUGA